AUGGCCAAGUACAAGAGUACCGGGGUGCCCUUUAAAUUAAAGUUCAAGACGCGAAAGGCAAGAACUCAGAACCUUUCGGUGCUCAAGAGAUUUUGGAAUAACAAGAGGUCCUUCUAUUGCGACGUGUUUUCCUCUUCGAAGAUGCGUUCCGCUGAAAGACUUCCAGAACAGCUGAUAAUGGACUCGCGACUCCAGAGAACCAGGCACAAUAAAAAUUAUCCUAUUGUUCCCAUAGUUGGGGAGGAGAUCACCAGGAAGGAAGGGCGUGAGAAGUUCAUCUUCAUUGAUCCUGGGGUAAGGACUUUCCUGACUGGUUAUGACUCCGGGCAGAACGUCGUCGAGAUUGGCAAGAAUGCGGUUGUGCGCAUCGAAAAACUGAAGCAUCGACGACGUAAGCUGCAGUCUAAACUGGCCAAGUUGAAGAGGCAAAAGAAGAGACAAAACCAUCGGAAAGCUCUGCACAGGCUGGACGAAAAGAUCUCGCGUAUUGUAAAAGAUAUGCACAAGAAAUCAGCUCUCUUCUUAUGCAAUUCCUAUGACAAUGUUUUUAUCCCCAAAUUGAAUUUUCAUCACUGCACCAAGCUGAACCGAAAAUCAAGGUCCAGCAUGGCAACUCUGGCUCACUGUUCCUUCAACGAGCGCGUAGCGAUGAAGGCAGAACAGUUUCGUAGUACAAGUGCAGUUGUGGUCGAGGAGGAUUACACUUCAAAGACUUGCUCAAAGUGUGGUAAUGUAAAACAAGAUCUAGGAUCUAGUAAAAUUUAUAGUUGUGUACAGUGCUUCUCGGUAUUCGACAGGGACUUCAACGCAGCGAAAAACAUCAUGCUCACGUAUUGCAGCGAGCAUUUGAUGGCAAGUGGUGCGUCUUCCAUUCUUCUACUCUAG